GGCCUGGCUCGCUCCUGGUGGUGCGGAGGGGAGGGGCAGCGCGUGCGCACAGCGGCGGCGAAGGAGGCGCUGCUGACGGAAGGACAGGAAGACAGACAGGAAGACACACGGGCUCCUCCAUCUCUUGGGUAGGCGGCGGCAGCUGCUGCUGCUGCUGAGCCGCGCGGAGCCUACCUUAGCCGUCGACUGACGCCUCGCAGGCGGGAUUCCGCACCCCGGAUAUGGCUCGUGGGCAGCAGAAGAUCCAGUCACAGCAGAAAAAUGCCAAAAAGCAAGCUGGGGCGAAAAAGAAACAAGGUCAUGAUCAGAAGGCAGCAGCUAAAGCUGCUUUAAUAUAUACCUGCACUGUCUGUAGGACACAGAUGCCAGAUCCCAAGACCUUUAAACAGCACUUUGAGAGCAAGCAUCCGAAGACUCCGCUCCCUCCAGAACUGGCUGAUGUUCAGGCGUAAAAGUUCACAGGGGAAUUCGUGGAACCUAUUGACGCUUCUACUGUCAUUCAUCGCAUAACAAACCUGCAGCUGCUUUUCUAACAAACUGUUGAUCAGCAAAAAUGAAGGGGCUAUAGAAACAUUCAUAUUUUUAUGCUGUUCCUCUUGGGCUUCAUGUAAAGACAAAUCUAUGUAACUGUACAGUUGUGCCCUACUUGGAAAUAUGAAAAUUGGUUUAUUCUUAAAUUUUUUACAGUUGUAAUUAUAUUGAUGUUCAUAUUGUGUAAAAUAACUCAUUUAAUAAAAUAGUACUUUGAUUUUACAAUAUCACAGGUCAAAUGCUUGUAGAAGUUCUGUUUUCAAUAUCUGUUUUAUUUGCCUUAUAAAAUCUUAACAAGUGGACUUGUCUCCCAGCCAAAAACUAAAUGGUGUCAUUACUUUUAACACUAUUACUGUUAACAGAGUCCACAUUAACUAUAAAAUACUUUCUCCAUUCACUUGCUUUGAGCCUAUUCCCCCCUCCCCCCCCAACUCAUAAUGUCUUUGACUGAAGAAGUGUGUUCUUUCAACUCUGUUUAGUUUGGAGUGCCUGUUCUGUUGGGCAUUAUGAAACUUUACUCUUGUGUAUAAAGGCACUUUUACCCUGGAUUUAUGCACUGGAGACUUGUGCAGUACCAUUGAAUCUUCAUGCUAGGUGGUAGGCUGGUGAAAAUAUCAUAGUAGAACUAAACUUUGUUUUGAUAUGCUCAUACUUGCUGUAGCAAGUUAAAAUAAUUGAUCUCUGUUGUAAAGUUCCACUGUGGAAAAUCUUAAAUGCACCAAUAAGAAGUCAGCCACCCUGGCUACAUGAGUGUGCAAAAGUGACUACUGUAAUGGUUUCCUUGUUUGAAAGUAAAUGUUGAAUAAGUCUGUUUGAAAGGACAGGGUGGCACAUGAAAUGAAAAUAACUUAAAUUUUGAUUAGUUGGAACUUAUUAAAAGUGACAGAGUAAAUGCUAAAUUUUUGCUAUCUGACACCGUUGGUUUAUCUUUGUGGACUACCCAAAUUAUGUUUUGAACUAGAUUCUAAUGUCAGAUACAGAGUGCACAAGUUCUUAAGUUCUGUCUCAGAUGCUUUUUAUUGGAAAGAAUGACUAAUCCAUUUUAAGUUGGUAACAGGUGACUUCCUUAGAUGUUAUUUGUAUCCCAUUGAUUGGACAUCUUGAAGGAAAUCCUGACCCAAAUGUUCUUUGCUCUGUAGCUGGGUCACUUCAUCUUUUAAAUAAAGCAAUUCUUUAGAGUGCUCAUACAAGUUGCACAUUUGGUGCACAAAGGUAAUAGCAGUUCAUGUAUUUGUUGCCUUUACUGGAGUCGUUUGGAGAUAAACCUUAAUUCUGUAGCUGUCUUGCACUUGUACACCUGACAUUAGAAUGUAGCCCUUGGUUCAUUUUGUUUUCUUACUUGAUGAUAACAGCCUGAUCCUAGUAGGAUAACUAGGUCCCAGUAGGCAAGAAAUCUGCCUUCCAAACUGCUGUGGUAUGCUUAAAUGUUGAAACUGAAUGCUUUUUAAAGUAGCUGAAUGAGAAAUUUGUUCACUAAUUAUACUUUUAGUAGUCUGUUUUUGAAGGGAAUUCAAAAAAUCUACAUUCAAAUAAGUUCAUUCCUAAAGCUGGUACUCUUAAUGUUUUCUUUCAGACUACAGAACAAUAAAUAAAAGGGUUCUCUUAUAAAUUGUUUGGGAACAAUAAAGCAAAAGUGUCCUGCUAGAUGUAGGACAGGUGACCCACUUAUAUGAGGACUUUGCAUUUUUCUAAAUUGUUGUAAUCAGUAGCUUGUGUCUAGGCCCUAAGCAAGUUAGAUUGUGGCUUUAUAUGCUAUUAAAGCAUUUAAAACAUAAUUUGUUUUCUAAUUGGUUAAAAGCCACCAGAGAAUCCUGAAGGUUUACACACAUAGGAACAAAUGGGGGUGGGGGAGAAACCUGAGGUGGUAGGAACCUUGAAUACUCUGUGUUGAUUUAAAGAGAUGGGGGUAAAUGUGGAAAAUAAUAUUCUUUUCAAAUCUUGUGGAUGGUAUCCUGUUAAUUCUGGAUAAAGACACAAUUGUGCAGUGUAAUGUGUCUGAUUAAAAUCUUUUAAAAAGCAAAA